AUGACAGAGAAUUCAUUUGUGCAGCCAACAGUUUCGAAAUUUGAUGGGCACUAUGAUCAUUGGGCGAUGCUCAUGGAAAACUUUUUAUGUUCAAAGGAUUACUGGGGCUUGGUGGAGAAUGGGAUUCCUGCAGCAGCAGAAGGUGUUGUUCUCAUAGAUGCCCAAAGAAAGAACAUUGAUGAUCAGAAGUUGAAAGAUUUGAAAACAAAGAACUAUCUAUUUCAAGCAUUAAAUCGUUCAAUCUUGGAGACAGUAGGAGAAUUUGUGAAUGAGUAUUUUGCUCGGACUCUUACCAUAGCCAACAGGAUGAAAGCAAAUUGUGAGAACAAGGGAGAUGUUGCUAUAGUUGAAAAGAUUUUGAGAUCCAUGACUCCCAAGUUUGAUUAUGUUGUGUGUUCCAUUGAGGAGUCUAAGGAUAUAGACACCUUAACUAUUGAUGAGUUGCAAAGCAGCCUGCUUGUGCACGAACAAUGCAUGAGUUCUCAUGUUGAAGAAGAACACGCUUUGAAAAUUACUCAUGGAGAUCAUUCUGGAGGAAGGAGUCGAGGUCAUGGAAAUAUUAACAGAAGAGGAAGGGGACGAGGCAGACAAAGCUACAACAAGACCACUGUGGAGUGCUAUAAUUGUCACAAACUAGGGCAUUUUCAAUGA